GCUACAGGCGUGUGGGCGGCACCUCUUCUUCCGCUCACUUUCAGUCUCGUGGGGGGUUCGGCCGCAGCUUUCCUCCUCCUGACGCUCCCUCAGAGCCACACUUCCUCCGGCACUUUGCUCUGAACGCAGCUCCUUCUCUUCCUCCUCCCGAGGGAUCCCGCAGAGGGGCAACAAUGAAUGUUGAACAUGAAAUCAACCUGUUAGUUGAAGAAAUUCGACGACUGGGGACCAAAAAUCCUGAUGGGACAUUGAGUGUGAAGUUUGGAGUGCUGUUUGCUGAUGAGAAAUGUGCCAACCUUUUUGAAGCUUUAGUGGGAACUCUUAAAGCUGCAAAACGACGGAAGAUAGUUAGUUAUCCUGGAGAACUGCUUCUGCAAGGAGUUCAUGACAAUGUUGAUAUCUUGUUACUUCAGGAUUAGUUACUUUCUUAGCACAUGGCAUUAAAUAUAUAUAUAUAUAAAUAAUCAAGAUGCAUUUGCAUGAAAGUAUACCUUCCUAUUUAUCUUUAUAGAAUUAUAUAUAAAAAAUUCUUUGAAGGCCUUUUAAGGAAUUCCUUUCUGAAACAAUUGCUACAACAGAUUGUUGGACCUCUUUUUUGGGGGCUUGGGAAUUGCAUUCUUAGAUCUCUGAAACUUUGUUAAACUCUGAGAAUUUCCAUUUCUUAUACUUUAGCUAUAUUAACAAUCUAAACUCUGCUAGAAACUUUCAAAGACUAAUUUAUGGGGAUUCUGUGUUUUCUUGUGGUGAUUUUUCUGCAAGAAUCAAAAUUACUCUGGCCAGACGAAGUGUUCAAGCUGAGAGUUUCAUCUGAAACAGAAUAUUUAAUAUAGUCUUAAUGUGAUGCUUGAAACCCAGGUUUCUCAUAUGAAAUAUUUUCUGAACUGUAAUGUUUCAGAGAAAAGUUACAGAAACAGUGCCAGGCAGAAGAAUUCUCUUGCUUUUUUUUUUUUUU